AUGCUUUCAAAGUCAUCUUGUAUAUCUGUUCAACUACUGGAGCCCACUAUCUACGUGGAACCCAACUCUGACAUUUGCAACGUGGUGCGUGGUACCAUCAACAUCAACCUGCCCAAGACGACAACAGUUAAAUCCAUCUCGGUUCGUUUUGAUGGUAAAAUGGAAACAAAGAGUUACAGCUUCGAUUCUAUGGAUGCUGGUGGAUUCGCACAAAAGAAGCCCUUGGCUCGUCAACGUCUCGUCUUGUAUCCUACCAUGGAACAGGUGGAUGCCAAUCGCCCUCUUGUCAUGAACGCAGGCCUGACUCAGUUUGGUUUUGAAAUGCAAAUCCCAUCCAAGUUGCCUGAAACCAUUGAUUGCGCAGAUGUCAAAGUGAGCUAUCAUGUCACUGCUGUCAUGGAAUAUCAAAGCAACUCCUUCUUGCGUGUGGGUCGUAGCAGUACUGUCAAGGAGUUUGCCAAGCAAGCUGUCCGUGUGGCUCGCUUACCUUAUGAAAACAUCUUGGGUGGUGAUAGCAUGUCUGAUCCCAUUGACUCUCGUACACACAAGUCUGCCUGGCUCCACUAUCAAAUUUUGGUAGAUAAGAAGGCUGUUGCACUCGGCUCGGAAUUGCCCAUCACCUUCCGUAUGCUGCCUACACACAGCGGAGUCUCUGUGGACCGUGUUGCCAUUCAAAUGUUGGAGCGUCGUGAUUUAUUCAGAGAAUCUACGCAUACAAGCCAUUCAGUGCACUCCAUUCUCCCGUCAGCUACCAACAAGACCACUAUUCCUACCACGGCUCUAUCUGAACCUUGGGAAGGCACUGUCAAAUAUAAUAUUCCUGAAGGCAAAUCCCUUGUUCACUCAACACAAGAAUAUUCCGACUUUAAUGUCAGUCAUACCUUGCUUGUCUCUAUCGCUCUUUCUGUUCCCGGCACAGGCCGUUUUACGGCUAGUCGUGUUCAAAAGAUGGUGACAUUCCAAGCCCAUAUUGACAUCUUGGAUAAAACUAUCGGUGAAUUGGACUCCCUCAAGUUGCCUACCUAUGACUCUCCUCCUCCAUUCGACAACUCUGAUUAUGUUUUUGGUGAAUAUGAUCGCAAGUUUGCUGACCCACCAGCCUACUCUGAGAUUUAUGCCACUGAGCACAACUAA